AUGCUGCUGCAGCCAAAGGCCCAGCUGGCCUUCCUGGCCGGGCAGUGGGUGAACCUGCUCAUCCCUGGGCUGGCCGCUGUGGGAGGGUUCACAAUCACCAGCACACCGCGGCAGCUUCACGAGGGCGGCACCUUCCAGCUGGCCGUCAAGCGAAGCCGCGCCCUGCCGGCCGCCUGGCUCCACGAGCGGGCACGGGUGGGCGACCGCCUGGCGGCCAGUGUCGGAGGCAACUUCCACUACCGCCCGGGGGACGAGCGGCGCCCCCUGUUGCUGGUUGCCGGAGGCGUGGGCAUCAACCCGCUGUUUUCCAUCCUGCAGCACUGCUGCGAGCUAAGCCAGGCAGGUGCAGGCGCCGGGGACCAGCGCAGCGGCGGCAGCGGCGGCGUGCUCUACUCUGCCAGCGUCCCAGCUGAGCUGGCAUUCCGGCGGGAGCUCCAGGAGAUGCGGCAGCAGGCGCACGGCAGCAUCCGCCUGCAGCUGCACGUGACGGCCCCGGAGUGGAGGGGGCGCUGCAAGGAAUGGGGCGGACACUGGGGCCGCAUCGGCCGCCCAGAGCUGCAGGCUGCGCUGCGGUGGCUGGCACGCCCCCGGCCGCCAGGCAGCGGCAGCGGGCCUGAUGGCAGCGCCAGCAGGAGCAGCCCUGCAUGCCAGCUUGCGACGGCACUGGUGUGCGGCCAUGCGGCCAUGAAGGACGCUAUGGUUGCCGACCUGCUGGCCCUGGGGCUGACCACAGAGCAGAUACGUUUUGAAAGGUGGUGGUAG